ACAAGAAUAGCCUCCUGUCAUUGACACCUCUCUGCUACCCUUUCAAGCAAUCAUCCAAACAAAUUGACCCCAUGGCAAAAGCAGUGGUGUUGGAUGUAUUUAACUGACAAGAUUGUACAAUAAGUACAUGUGACCAAAGUUCACCCAAACACUUCAAACAACUAUGAAUUGAAGGUUUCCAAGUUCCAAUAUGAGAGAACAAGGGGUCCUUCAUCUUGAGGAUGCUGCUGGUCAGACAGAGAGGUCCCAGUGGGUGCUUGAUUCUCCCAACCCACCCCCUCUUUGGAAGAAGCUAUUUGGUUAUGUCAAGGAAACCAUUUUGCCUCAUGGCAACAACUUCUGCUUCUCAUCCAAGAAGAAAACUUCUCAUGGACAUGCAGCGUCAUGCUUCAAGAGCUUGUUCCCAAUCUUUAGUUGGAUAAAAGAUUAUAAAGCCUCCAAGUUCAAAGAUGACCUCUUAGCUGGAUUAACUCUUGCCAGCCUCAGCAUACCUCAGAGCAUAGGAUAUGCUAAUUUAGCAAAAGUUGGUCCUGAAUAUGGCCUGUAUACCAGUGUUAUUCCUCCUCUUAUUUAUGCAAUGAUGGGGAGCUCAAGAGAAAUUGCAAUUGGACCUGUAGCUGUAGUGUCAAUGCUAUUAUCCUCUCUGGUCCCAAAAGUGGAAGAUCCUGUUGCCAAUCCUCAUGCCUAUAGAAAUCUUGUCUUUACUGUGACAUUCUUCACUGGAAUUUUUCAAACUGCAUUUGGCGUUUUCAGGUUGGGUUUUCUUGUGGAUUUUCUUUCACAUGCUGCCUUAGUUGGAUUCAUGGCAGGUGCUGCUAUCAUUAUUGGUCUUCAGCAGCUCAAAGGGUUACUGGGAAUUAGUCACUUUACCUCCAAAACAGAUGCAGUAUCAGUGUUGGCAUCUGUUUAUAAGUCACUACAUAAUCAAAUUGCUUCCGGAGAAAAAUGGAACCCUCUGAAUUUUGUCCUGGGGUGUUCAUUCUUGAUUUUCAUUUUAAUUACCCGUUUUAUUGGAAGAAGAAACAGAAAGCUUUUCUGGUUGCCUGCUAUUUCUCCUCUUCUGUCAGUUAUACUAUCAACUUUGAUUGUGUAUUUGUCAAGAGCUGAUAAGCAUGGGGUUAACAUAAUAAAGCAUGUCAAAGGAGGCCUAAAUCCAAGUUCACUUCACCAGUUGCAAUUCCAUGGUCCACAUGUUGGACAAGCAGCAAAAAUUGGGUUGAUUUGUGCAGUUAUCGCGCUCACUGAAGCAAUAGCGGUUGGUCGAUCUUUUGCUUCCAUUAAGGGAUAUCAUCUCGAUGGGAACAAAGAAAUGUUAUCAAUGGGAUUCAUGAACAUUGCAGGCUCUUUAACCUCAUGCUAUGUGGCAACUGGUUCUUUCUCAAGGACUGCAGUGAAUUUCAGUGCAGGGUGUCAAACAGCAGUGUCAAAUAUUGUGAUGGCUGUUACAGUGUUUUUGUCUUUGGAAUUGUUUACAAGGCUCUUAUACUACACCCCUGUCCCUAUCCUUGCCUCUAUCAUCCUCUCUGCUCUUCCUGGAUUAAUUGACUUAAGUGAGGCUCGUUAUAUCUGGAAGGUUGACAAAUUGGACUUUCUUGCUUGUAUUGGUGCUUUUCUUGGAGUCUUGUUUGCAACAGUAGAGAUUGGUCUUCUUGUUGCAGUGAUAAUCUCGUUUGCAAAGAUACUAAUACAAUCAAUUCGACCUGGAAUAGAAGUUCUAGGUAGAGUUCCAAGAACAGAAGCCUUCUGUGAUGUGACUCAAUAUCCCAUGGCCAUAAGCACUCCAGGCAUCAUAGUGAUUCGCAUAAGUUCUGGCUCACUCUGCUUUGCAAAUGCUAAUUUUGUCAGAGAAAGAAUACUCAAGUGGGUCAGCCAAGAUGAAGAUGAGCUUAAAGAAACCACCAAGGGUCGAGUCCAAGCUGUAAUUCUUGACAUGACAAACCUGAUGAAUGUUGAUACUUCCGGAAUUCUAGCUCUUGAGGAACUGCACAAGAGGUUGCUUUCACGUGGUGUAGAAUUAGCGAUGGUGAACCCGAGGUGGUUAGUAAUUCACAAGCUUAAGCUGGCACACUUUGUAGAAAAAAUUGGAAAAGAGUGGGUUUUCCUUACUGUUGGAGAAGCCGUAGACGCAUGUCUCUCUUCCAAAAUUGCUAAAGCUUGAUUCAUAUAUGAUAACAUGUGUCUGUGCACUGACUCUAUAUUGCACAGGGUUUGGGUUUUGUUUAAAAUGUUGGUGCAUAACAUAAACUUACGUGAAACAUUUUGUAUUACACAAGCUGAACAUCUUUACCGAAAAGUGAUCAUGUCAUGCUGUAUGCACCUGGGAUGGGGGUUCAUAACCACCUUUUUAUACUAUCUCAGUUUUGGACAGGGAGUGGUGUUUUCUUUUGUAUGGCCACUUAAAUACAAUUCAAAUAAAGAUUUAGAUGUAAUUCAUAAUUUUAAAAUUACUAUAUUUGAUAUA